CCCUGGACCCGUGACAUGACACACGGAAGUUAGGGUGGUAAGCACAGUACACAGACAUGGAGAGCAGCUGAACCCGUGAACAGAGCGGAGGCUGCAGUACCUUUAUAAGAAGUCGUUGACGUGAGCCGCUGGAGGCUUUGGAAAAGUUCAAGAUUUGAAGUAAGAUGGCGGAGAACUGGUACGGCAGAAUGCGCCGUUUUAGCGGCGGUCCGACUCGCUUCCUGUCGGAAACCAACGUGGAGGUAUUCCUGACAGAGUUGCUGCGGGAGCUCCGGGAUGACCGGGCCACUUUCAACCUCAAGGUGCUCCUGCUGUCUCCACUCUGUGAGUAUCCAGACCUGCUAUGCUCCUCAGACUCUGUAGGACAGGAGACCGCUCUGGAUCUCAUGUCCGUGUUUGCCCAGUGUCCUCGAAAGUCCACUCAGUUUCGCAGCCACCUCCUUGUGGCCCUCACCUGUGUUCUGAUCUGCACUUCCUGUGUACGUAGCCGCUCCCAUGUGGCACUAGACUUUCUAGACCUGCUCUUUCAGGUAGCUCAGGAUGUCAGUGACGUCCACAACGAUGACACAUCACGCUCGCUCCGAGCCACAGCUUGCGACUGCCUGCAGGAGAUGGAGACCUGCUGCCCCGGACUUCUGUCCCAACGGCUGGAGCUCUUGAGUGGUUUGCGGCAGCAGGAGACCUCCAGGCUCCACCAGGUCUAUGCAGGCCUCCAGACUGUGGUGCUGAAGAAUGCCGUGUAUCAGCUGACUCAAGAGCCAGGAGCUGGGGCUGAGCACCUGAAAUGUCUUCUGGGAGGAAACACAUCCUUUGCUUGGGAAGUAGACCAGGAUGCUUUCCAGACAGACAGCAAAGACUCAGCCAUGCUGUCCUCUCUCAUCCAGGGGUCCAUGGGGAUGAUGCCAACGCUGCACACCGGGCCUGACUGUAAGGAGCUGAGAUCUGUCCUCUCCUCCCUGCUGGAGGAGUCCUACCUGUUCACGCCUCUGUGUCAGGCUGCUCUCCUACACAGACUGACGGAGGUGGUCGCCAUGGUUCCUGGUAUCCCUCCAACCAUAUUCAGAGCUCAGCUGCUGCGACUGCUCGGAACCAGUGAGGUUUGUCUUUUCCACGCCACUCUGCUGAUGAAGUGUGCUUUCACUGACAGCCUGUUCAGCGCUGAAGAUGAAACCUUUCUCCUGAAGCGGCUACUGGUUCUCUCCCAGCACCCCCUCCUGAGCAUACCUGAGAAGCUCUUCUACAUGGACUGCAUUCUGCACUUCCCAGAAAACCGUCCAAUCAGCUGCAGCGACAGUGACGAGGCCCUCCCAGUGCUGCUGACGCCACAGCUCGCUUCCACCCUGCUGCCCACCGUGUUCAACGACAGCGCCACCAUGCUGGCUCGGCUCCACCUGCAGUCUCUGGUCUAUCUGGAGGAGGGAGUGGAGGAGAGCAGGGGGCUGGUCUACCUGUACGACCACCUGACUUCAAUGCUGAACAUUGUGGAGAGUGGAGGCAGCAGAGAGAUAGUUGUGACCUUUUUCAGAGCUGCUUUCCUCUUCCUGUUGUACUUCAGCCAGGUUCACAGUUACUGCUUGGACCUGAGUGAGCAGCUGUGUCGGCUCUACCUGCGGCACACUCGGUUGGCUCCUCAUCUCAUCAACCUGGCUAACCAGACCCAAGAGCGACUCCCAGAGUGUACCUGGGCUAUAGGGCUCCUAAGAGGCCUCCAAAAGGGGAUCACCAAAGCCCUGCUGGGCCAGCUGUCCCUGCAAGACCUCAGCUGGCAUCUUAAGGUUCUGACUCGUGUGGCAGAAGAACGAGAGAUCUGUCAGCACUGCAGCCUGGGCUUCCUGUCCAGUGUCAUCACCACCUCCCCGCUGGGUGUGGGUGGGGACUGGCGCCUGGGGAACAGCUUUCUGGCAGUCUGCCGCCGUGUACUCCUCCACCCAACUCUGGACUCUCUGCUCAUCCCUCUGGCAGACAUUCUGCAGCAUUUGGCCUGUUACUAUGGAGACGCAGACAUCCAGGACCACGCCCGCCUUUAUUACACCCUCCUGACCACAGUGUCCCAGGAGAAGCUGGCCAUGAUGCUGGCGCAGGAAGCAGCAGAUAAUGGACCGCAGGUGAAAAAGCGAACCCUGUCCAGCCUCAUGGCGGAGAAUGAAGGACUGACAGGUGCACUAACCGUCCACCAGACGGAGACAGCAGUCCUCUGUCUCACCCUGGUUUCUUCUGAGGGACCAGGAGAAAGUGGACAGCUGCAUGAAAAGGAAACGGAGGAUGUGACUGAUGUUCUGGAGGCUUACAGAUCUCAGUUUGGUGAGCCUGGCUUUAUGCCAGAUGUCACGCUGAAGUAUCAGCUGGUCCACAAGCAGGAUCAAGACCCUCGCUUUGAGCAAUUGUUCAAUAUCCGCCUCCACUUUGUCCUCACUGAUGACCAUUAUGAACAGCUGCAGGACAUCAAUGUCCCAUGUGUCUUCAAAGGGAGACCCCCACCUGUGGUGCAGCUGAGACUGAAGCCCCGGCAGCCAUACCCAACCACUCUACGCGUCAGCGCCAUCUUCACUACCCAGGAUGGCUUCUCUUGGCACACCCCUCUGCCUGAUGUCCAUGUGGCAUUCCAGCAGUCCUUCCUGCCUGUCCCCACUCCCCCGUCCUGGUCUGGAGAAGCGCGGCUGCAGCUGUUUGAAAGGCUGUGGGAGGAGAUCAGCUCAGAAACGGGUGACUGUGCUGUCAGCCUGUUCUGCUGCCAGCUGCAGGAGGCGGAACUGAAUGUGCUGGUAGGAAAACACUUUUGUCCCUUCCUCGUCUCACAUCCAGCUAAUGAGGACGAGUUCAGGGUGCUCUUCUUCCUUCCACCGCAGUCCCACCUGCUGCUGAAGGUCCGGUCUGAGGUGGACGCCGUGCACUUCAGCAUCGCCUCUGACAGCUGGCAGCUUCUUCCCCUCAUAAAUUCAUACCUGCUAACAGUCACAUCAUCUCAGGAGGACACCACCAGCUAACCAAACUUUCAACAUCCACAAGCUGCUUGUGUGAAAGCAACAAGCCAAAGUCAGAUGAUGCACUUUUAUGAACUUGAUUUGAAAUUAAAAUGUGAAUUAAAUCA